GGCCGCGUCAGCGCCCGCGAGCCCAUUCAUCUGUGCACUUGGGCGUUGGACCCCGCAUCUUAUUAGCAACCAGGGAGAUUUCUCCAUUUUCCUCUUGUCUACAGUGCGGCUACAAAUCUGGGAUUUUUUAUUACUUCUUUUUUUUUUUAAACUACACUUGGGCUCCUUUUUUUGUGCUCGACUUUUCCUCCUUUUUUCCCUCCCUCCUGCGCUGCUGCUUUUUUAUCUCUUCGACUUAAAUUUUUUUAUCCGGAGUGUAUUUAAUCGGUUCUGUUCUGUCCUCUUCACCACCCCCACUCCCCCCUCCCUCCGGUGUGUGUGUGCUGCUGCCGCCGCCGCCGCCGCCGCUGCUGCCGCCGCCGCCGCUGCUGCUGCCGCUCGCCCCGUCGUUACACCAACCGGAGGCUCUUUGUUCCCCCCCUUGGAUCUGUUGAGUUUCUUUGUUGAAGAAGCCAGCAUGGGUGCCCAGUUCUCCAAGACCGCUGCGAAGGGAGAAGCCACCGCGGAGAGGCCCGGGGAGGCGGCUGUGGCCUCGUCGCCUUCCAAAGCGAAUGGGCAGGAAAAUGGCCACGUGAAGGUAAACGGCGACGCCUCUCCCGCGGCCGCCGAGCCGGGCGCCAAGGAGGAGCUGCAGGCCAACGGCAGCGCCCCGGCCGCUGACAAGGAGGAGCCCGCGGCCGCCGGGAGCGGGGCGGCGUCGCCCGCCGCGGCCGAGAAGGAGGAGCCGGCCGCCGCCGCCCCCGAGGCCGGGGCCAGCCCCGCGGAGAAGGAGGCGCCCGCGGAGGGCGAGGCCGCCGAGCCCGGCUCGCCCUCGGCCGCGGAGGGGGAGGCCGCGUCGGCCGCCUCCUCGACGUCUUCGCCCAAGGCCGAGGACGGCGCCACGCCCUCGCCCAGCAACGAGACCCCGAAAAAAAAAAAGAAGCGCUUUUCCUUCAAGAAGUCUUUCAAGCUGAGCGGCUUCUCCUUCAAGAAGAACAAGAAGGAAGCGGGAGAGGGCGGGGAGGCCGAGGGCGCAGCCGGCGCCUCCGCCGAAGGCGGCAAGGACGAGGCCGCCGGGGGCGCCGCUCCAGCCGCCGCAGAGGCGGGCGCGGCGUCCGGGGAGCAGGCGGCGGCGCCGGGCGAGGAAGCCGCGGCCGGUGAGGAGGUGGCGGCGGGGGGCGACCCGCAGGAGGCCCAGCCCGAGGAGGCCGCCGUCGCGCCCGAGAAGCCGCCCGCCAGCGACGAGGCCAAGGCCCCCGAGGAGCCCAGCAAGGCCGAGGAGAAGGUCGAGGAGGCCGGGGCCAGCGCCGCCGCCUGCGAGGCGCCCUCAGCCGACGGGCCCGGGGCGCCCCCCGAGCAGGAGGCGGCGCCCGCGGAGGAGGCGGCGCCCGCGUCAGCCUCGUCAGCCUGCGCAGCCCCCUCACAGGAGGCCCAGCCCGAGUGCAGUCCGGAAGCCCCCCCGGCGGAGGCGGCAGAGUAAAAGGGCCCGAUUUUUGAGAUAAUCGAAGAACUUUUCUCCCCCCCGUUUGUUUGUUGGAGUGGUGCCAGGUACUGGUUUUGGAGAACUUGUCUACAACCAGGGAUUGAUUUUAAAGAUGUCUUUUUUUAUUUUCCUUUUUUUUAAAGCAGCAAAUUUUGUUCCCCUUCCUUCCCCACAGAUCCCAUCUCAAAUCAUUCUGUUACCACCAUUCCAACAGGUCGAGGAGAGCUUAAACACCUUCCUCUGCCUUGUUUCUCUUUUGUUUUUAUUUUUUGCAUCAGUAUUAAUGUUUUUUGCAUACUUUGCAUCUUUAUUCGAAAAUGUAAACUUUCUUUGUCAAUCUAUGGACAUGCCCAUAUAUGAAGGAGAUGGGUGGGUCAAAAGGGAUAUCAAAUGAAGUGAUAGGGGCCACGAUGGGGAAAUCGAAGUGGUGCGUAACAUUGCCAAGAAUAAUGUACCACUAGAAACGAUGGUGUAAAGGCUUAGUUUUUGUUUUUGUUUUUUUUUUUAAAGAAAAGUUAUUACGAUGUAUUUUGUGAGGCAGGUUUACAACACUACAAGUCUUGAUUAAGAAGGAAAGAGAGAAAAAAAAAAACACCAAUACCCAGAUUUUAAAAAAGAUCAUAGUCUUAGGAGUUCAUUUAAACCAUAGGAACUUUUCACUUAUCUCAUGUUAGCUGUACCAGUCAGUGAUUAAGUAGAACUACAAGUUGUAUAGGCUUUAUUGUUUAUUGCUGGUUUAUGACCUUAAUAAAGUGUAAUUAUGUAUUACCAGCAGGGUGUUUUUAACUGUGACUAUUGUAUAAAAACAAAUCUUGAUAUCCAGAAGCACAUGAAGUUUGCAACUUUCCACCCUGCCCAUUUUUGUAAAACUGCAGUCAUCUUGGACCUUUUAAACACAAAUUUUAAACUCAACCAAGCUGUGAUAAGUGGAAUGGUUACUGUUUAUACUGUGGUAUGUUUUUGAUUACAGCAGACAAUGCUUUCUUUUCCAGUCGUCUUUGAGAAUAAAGGAAAAAAUCUUCAGAUGCAAUGGUUUUGUGUAGCAUCUUGUCUAUCAUGUUUUGUAAAUACUGGAGAAGCUUUGACCAAUUUGACUUAGAGAUGGAAUGUAACUUUGCUUACAAAAAUUGCUAUUAAACUCCUGCUUAAGGUGUUCUAAUUUUCUGUGAGCACACUAAAAGCGAAAAAUAAAUGUGAAUAAAAUGUA